AUAUUAUUGUAAAAAAAAUUAUAAAAGUCUAUUUAGGUUUGAAUAUAUGUAGUAUUCAGACACAUUGUAUUGCAAGCACCGGGCGAUAUAUGAUGUCUAGGCUUAGUAUUGUUGUUAUUAUAUUUUUGGUGGCUUUAGUAGCCGUAACCACUGGCAGAGCGGUCAGAGGCAAACGGGACCACAAUGACUACAAAAAAAAUCCCUACCGUAUCGUUUGCUAUGUUGGUACCUGGUUUUUCUACCGGGGCUACAAACUGGAAAACAUCGACCCCUACCUGUGCACACAUUUGAACUAUGGUUUCGCCAAAAUCAACGAAACCACUUACGAAAUGCAAAUGUUUGACCAGUGGCUGGACGAACAUUAUGAGGGCUAUAAAGUGUUCAACGAUUUGAAAAAGAAAAACCCAUUGUUAACGACAUUCAUAUCGUUGGGCGGUUGGUAUGAGGGGUCGGAAAAGUACUCGGAUAUGGCUAAGCAGCCAAACCGUCAGCGAUUUGUCAAAAGUGUGUCGACAUUCCUUCACAAAUACAACUUUGACGGCCUGGACGUCGACUGGGAAUAUCCGGGCAAUCGUGGCGGUGACCAACUAAGCGAUAAACAUAACUACAAUCUAUUGAUGGAAGAGCUCAGGACUGAAUUGGAUAGAGAAGGCUAUCUGUUGACGGCAGCCCUGAGCCCUGGUAAGCCUACUAUAGAUACGGCUUACGAGGACAUACAUAAGCUAAAUGAUUUGUUGGAUUGGGGCAAUAUUAUGACAUACGAUUAUCAUGGGGGAUGGGAUGAUGAACUGGGACACAAUGCCCCCUUGUUUAACAGUCCGUCGGAUCCGAAAAGCGGAAACUAUCCGUACUUUAAUAUUAACUAUACUAUCCAUUAUUAUCUGGAAAAGGGACUGAAAAAAGAGAAUAUGGUAAUGGGUGUACCGUUUUAUGGCCGAGCCUGGACUAUGACCGAUAAAGAGCACUAUCAUCUCCAUGAUCCGGCCCGUGGUAUGUCACCGGCCGGCGAGUUUACCGGCGAACCGGGAGUUUUCGGCUACAAUGAGUUAUGCAAAAUGGUAAUGACUAACCCGGAACAAUGGAGCACCCAUUAUGACCCGUACUAUGAAUCGCCCUAUGCUUUCAACAAAACAAUAUUUGUCGGCUACGAUGACAUCCAUAGUAUUGAAUGCAAAACAAAAUACCUGAAAGAGAUGGGACUCUCGGGAGGGUUGGUAUGGGCCCUACAAAACGAUGACUUUGAUAACCGAUGCAAAGGAGGCGUCAGUCCGCUGUUGAACAAAGUUAACGCUCAGCUGAAUGGCAAAGAAAAAGACUCGUAUGAAUGUAUAUAUGUUAUACCGCCGACACCGUCGCCAUCGCCACCGACACCGUCUACCGAACCGACAACACCGCCAACUAUCCCGACCGGUACCACUCAGUCACCUGAACCGCCGACACCGCCUACACCGACACCGUCGCCGAAACCUAUAUCGGAACAAUGCGCCGAAGAGUGCGGCAAACGUGAAUGGUGUAACAUACCGUUCCCACAUAACGAGCACAAGUAUAUCGCUUGCCGUGAUGUACCCGGCAAGGGCUGGUGGGGUACCUAUUUUGACUGUGCUUCACGCACUUGUUAUAAUCCCCGAUCGGAAAACUGUGACAUUUCCUUAAUAAUAAUAAUGUCUGUCCUUAAACUGGUUGUGCUGGUCCUACUGGGGACGGUCACAUUGGCUAUCGGUGCCAACAUUAAGGUUGCAAAAAGAGAUCACAAUGAUUACCAAAAAAAUCCGAUGCGCAUAGUAUGCUAUGUCGGGACCUGGUUUUUCUACCGGGGCUACAAAAUUGAAGACAUACCGCCCGAACUAUGCACACAUCUAGUCUACGGUUUCGCCAAAAUCAACGAAACCACUUACGAUAUGCAAGUUUUUGACGACAAUUUUGAUAUACAUUUUGAGGGCUAUAAAGUGUUCAACGAUUUGAAAAAGAAAAACCCAUUGUUAACGACAUUCAUAUCGUUGGGCGGUUGGUAUGAGGGGUCGGAAAAGUACUCGGAUAUGGCUAAGCAGCCAAAUCGGCAACGAUUUGUCCGAUCGGCCGUCGAUUUUAUCAAAAAAUACGAGUUCGACGGCCUGGACCUGGACUGGGAGUUUCCGGGCAGUCGUGGCGGCGAUGAGGCCAAAGAUAAAGACAAUUUCAUACAUCUGGUCGAAGAACUUAGGGCUGAGUUGGAUAAAGACGGCUAUCUGUUGACGGCUGCCGUAUCGCCGGGUAAACCGAAAAUCGAUAUCGGCUACGACAUACCGAAGCUGAAUAAACUGUUGGAUUGGGCCAAUGUUAUGACCUACGACUAUCAUGGUGGUUGGGAAAACUUUUUAGGACAUAAUGCACCCCUUUAUCAUCGACUGGAAGAUCCAAAAUCGGGUGACUAUCCGUACUUUACGGUCAACUAUACGGUCAACUACUAUCUGGCCAAUGGUCUGGAUAAGAGUAAACUGGUUAUGGGUUUGCCAUUCUACGGGCGUGCCUGGAGUCUACUGGAUAAGGGUCAUAUACAUUUGUAUGACGGUGCCAAAGGUAUGUCACCGGCAUUGCCAUAUACACGGGAGCCCGGUGUUAUCGGUUUCAAUGAGAUAUGCAAAAUGGUUAUGACUGACCCGUCCAAAUGGCAUAUGCACUACGAUUGGGACUACGAGGCCCCCUAUACCUACAACGAUGACAUAUGGGUCGGUUACGAUGAUAUCAAUAGUAUUGAAUGUAAGGUUACCUAUUUGAAAAAAAUGCAACUAUCGGGUGCCGUACUAUGGGCUUUACAAAAUGAUGACUUCAACAACGAUUGCCGAUACGGCAAAUACUCCCUGUCCAACAAAGUCAAGGACCUGUUGAAUGGUCCGGCCAGGGAUACACACGAGUGUGCCUAUAGGCCGCCACCGACACCCGAACCAACUACUCAGCCGCCGCCGACAACACCCACGACACCGCAUACCCGACCAACCGAACCGACACCACCGCCCACACCGACACCACCGCCAACACCGACACCCAGCCCGAAACCCAUAGCCGAACAAUGUGCCGAAGAGUGCGGCAAACGACCCUGGUGUAACAUACCGUUCCCCCACAAUGUACACAAAUAUAUAGCAUGCCGUGAUGUACCCGAUAAGGGCUGGUGGGGUACCUAUUUUGACUGUGCUCUACAUACAUGCUAUAAUCCCCGUACGGAAAACUGUGACAUUCCCUGCCAUUAUUAUCCAUUGAUAACAAUUCCCUUUUUUUCUGGCAUUUGUUUGGUAGCAUUGGUCACAUGUGUCCCAAAAAGAGAUCACAAUGACUAUACAAAAAAUCCUCACCGUAUCGUAUGCUAUGUUGGUACCUGGUUUUUCUACCGGGGCUACAAACUAGAAAACAUUGAUCCCUACCUGUGCACACACUUGAACUAUGGUGUAGCCAAAAUCAAUGAAACCACUUACGAAAUGCAAAUGUUUGAUCCCUGGCUGGACGAUCAUUACGAGGGCUAUAAAGUGUUCAACGAUUUGAAAAAGAAAAAUCCAUUGUUAACAACAUUGAUAUCGUUGGGCGGUUGGUAUGAGGGGUCGGAAAAGUACUCGGAUAUGACUAAACAGCCAAACCGUCAGCGAUUUGUCCAGAGUGUGGUCACCUUUCUUAGCCAAUGGGAUUUUGAUGGUCUGGAUCUGGAUUGGGAAUAUCCCGGUUCGCGUGGCGGCGAUGUGGACAAUGAUAUCGAAAAUUUCAAUCGCUUGUUGGCUGAGCUCAGGGAAGCUUUUGAACCGCACGGUUGGCUAUUGACGGCCGCCCUAUCGCCUAUCUAUACAACAUUGGACAGGGCCUAUCAUAUUGGCCAACUCAACGACCAAUUAGAUUGGGCUAACAUCAAGACGCAUGACUAUCACGGCUAUUGGGAUGACCUACUGGGACACAAUGCACCCCUAUAUGGCAGUCCUAAUGAACCGAAAUCGGGAAACUAUUCCUAUCUGAAUGUUAACUAUACUGUCAAUUACUACCUGAGCCAUGGUUUGACCAGAGAAAAACUAGUAAUGGGUCUACCAUUCUAUGGUAGAGCCUGGACACUGGUUGAUAGGGAACACCAUCAUCUGUACGAUCAAUCUAAAGGUGUAGCACCUCCCGGUCCACUAUCCGGUGAAGACGGUAUCUAUGGCUAUAAUGAGAUAUGCCAAAUGAUAAUACAUAGUCCAACCACAUGGCACAUGAGCCACGAUCAACAGUAUCGGGCACCGUAUGCCUACAAUGACAACCUAUUUAUCGGUUAUGACGACACCGAAAGUAUUGCAUGCAAAAUUAGCUAUUUGAAAGCUAUGGGACUGUCGGGUGGUAUGGUAUGGGCGCUGCAAAAUGAUGACUGGGAUAAUAGAUGCAAAAUGGGUAUCAGUCCACUAAUGCAUAGAGUAUAUGAUAUGCUCAACGGUAAAGAUAGUAAGGUACAAGUGUGCAAAUAUGGGCCAACCGUCUCCCACCAGCCCUUAUCGGGUAUGUCCCGGCAGGCAAUGAAUUUGUGUUCAUUACCCGGAAACGAUAUGUUACACCACAAUCGUUUGCCGCACUGUCGGGCACACCGUUCCGAUAUAGGUAUAGGUGUUGUUGUCGGAGGCAAUGUUGGCGGUAGUGUCGGAUCUUCCAAUGAUAGUUUACAUAUCUAUUUAGUGGGUGGUUGUGGUGGUUGUGGUGGUUGUGGUGGUUGUGGUGGUUGUGGUGGUUGUGGUGGUUGUGGUGGUUGUGGUGGUUGUGGUGGUUGUGGUGGUUGUGGUGGUUGUGGUGGUUGUGGUGGUUGUGGUGGUUGUGGUGGUUGUGGUGGUUGUGGUGGUUGUGGUGGUUGUGGUGGUUGUGGUGGUUGUGGUGGUUGUGGUGGUUGUGGUGGUUGUGGUGGUUGUGGUGGUUGUGGUGGUUGUGGUGGUUGUGGUGAUGGUGGUUGUGGUGAUGGUGGUUGUGGUGAUGGUGGUUGUGGUGGUGGUUGUGGUGAUGGUGGUUGUGGUGAUGGUGGUUGUGGUGGUUGUGGUGAUGGUGGUUGUGGCGAUGGUGUUAUAGGAUUUUAUUACCUAUAUAUAAGCAAGAUGUCUAAGUUUGCGGUUAUUUUGUUUGCCAUAUGUUUGGCAACAAUUGUUAGUUGUGUUCAAAAAAGAGAUCACAAUGACUAUAUCAAAAAACCGCACCGUAUUGUAUGCUAUGUGGGUACCUGGUUUUUCUACCGGGGCUACAAAAUUGAAAACAUCGACCCGGAGCUGUGUACACAUUUGAACUAUGGUUUUGCCAAAGUCAACGAAACCACCUACGAAAUGGAAAUGUUUGAUCCAUGGCUGGAUGAACAUUACGAGGGCUAUAAAGUGUUCAACGAUUUGAAAAAGAAAAACCCAUUGUUAACGACAUUCAUAUCGUUGGGCGGUUGGUAUGAGGGGUCGGAAAAGUACUCGGAUAUGGCUAAGCAGCCAAACCGUCAGCGAUUUGUCCAGAGUGUGGUCACCUUUCUAACCAAAUGGGAUUUCGACGGUCUGGACCUGGACUGGGAAUAUCCCGGUUCGCGUGGCGGCGAUGAGGCCAAAGAUAACGACGGUUUCAAUCAUCUGUUGGCCGAACUUAAGGAGGCUUUCGAACCGCACGGUUGGCUAUUGACGGCCGCCCUAUCGCCCGGUUAUCGUACUAUCGAUAAGGCCUAUCAUAUCGCUGAGCUGAACGAACUGCUUGAUUGGGGUAAUGUCAUGACCUACGACUAUCACGGCGGUUGGGACGAUGAACUGGGACACAAUGCACCCCUAUAUAACAGCCCGGAAGAUCCGACCACCGGUGACUAUCCGUUUUUCAAUGUAAACUAUACGAUACACUACUAUCUGGACAGGGGUUUGACCCGCGAAAAGAUUGUAAUGGGUUUGCCGUUCUAUGGCCGAGCCUGGACACUGAUGGACAGUCAACAUCAUCGGCUACACGAUUCGGCUCGCGGUAUGUCACCUCCAGGUCCGAUAACUGGCGAACCGGGUGUCUACGGCUAUAAUGAGAUCUGUGAAAUGAUUGAGGGUAGUCCGUCAACCUGGCACCUGAGCCACGAUGAAAUGUAUCGGGCACCGUACGCUUAUAAUGGUACUGUAUUUAUUGGCUAUGACGAUCCGGAAUCAAUUGCCUGCAAGAUAAUUUAUUUGAAAUCAAUGGGACUGUCAGGUGGUAUGGUAUGGGCCCUACAGAAUGACGAUUGGGAUCGCCGUUGCAAAGGACACGGCAUUUUGAAUCCGCUGCUAAACAAAGUACACGAUAUGCUCAACGGUAACGACAGGGAGGUACAGGAGUGCAAGUAUGCGCCCCGACCUACCGAUCCGCCAACAACUACUACCACUACAACUACUACCACUACUACUACCACCACUACAACUACUACUACUACUACUACGACACCAAUACCGACAACAACUACUGAGGAGCCGACAACAACUACCACUACUGAACCGACAACUACUACUACUACUACUGAGCCGACAACUACCACACCCGCACCCAUACCCAAACAAUGCGAAGAAAAAUGUCUGACCCGUAAAUGGUGUAACAUACCGUUCCCCGGCAAUGUUCACCGAUUCUUUGAGUGCCGCUAUGUCGACGGUAAGGGCUGGUGGUAUUCAUAUAUGGACUGUGCUGUACAUACCUGUUUCAAUCCGGUUACCGAAAACUGUGACAUUCCCUGUAAAUGGUAGUCCAGUUAAAAAUAAAAUAAAUUGUUUUCAAAUAAUUUAAAUAAAUAAAUAAAAAAAAAUAUACAUUAUUUUUUAAUUAUUUUUUAUUUUUACCUAAAAUAAAUAUACAGUAAAUUUUUAGGCUAUUUUUUUAUACAGUAAAACAAGUAAUUUUUUUUUUGUAAAUACAUUAUAUUAAAACUAUUUAUAACUUUAUAUUA